AGAGAGAGAGCUUUGGUGGUUUGGCUGCUCAUCGGUUUACAGAGAGGUGGCGGAAGAGUUUGUUUCUGACUUUCGGUUUUAUGCGAAGAUCUUAUUUAUGGUUUUUGCUGCUGUUUGUCCCUGUGUUGCUCUUUCUACUUUCACUGUUGUUAUCUCCUUCAGUGGGUGAUAGUGCAACUUUCAAGGUUUCUUUAACUAAAAGUAAAUCAGCUAUGCCACGGCAACCCCGCCAGCGCAAAUUAUCUACAAGAAUGCAGUUUUUUGAACAUGUUUUUCAUGAAGGUGAAAAUCAAGUGCCAAUUGAGACAGAACCCGCUUCUGCAUAUCUUUCUGAUAACAGAGUUAAUAUGACAGAUUUUGCAUGCCAACAUAGAUCUUUUGGGCAAUAUGUUUUUGCCAAAAAAAUCUGGAAAUUUAGAGCUGACUGAAGGGACUACAGUUUGCAACAAUACAUCAGCUGACAGUUUAAUUGGUGGGUCAGUUAUUUCGUACUUGCUUUUGGUUAACAAGAGCUUCCUAAUCAACUGUGCGUUUAGCCAAUUAAAAGGGACAAGUAAGUUUACCUCAUUACACUUCUUAGUGUAUGAUGUCACUGUCAUGAUUUUUGUCCUAAUGCGAUACUGUAAGGACCAAUAACAGCUUUGGUUUGCAAUUUCCUUCAUUGUCAAGUUAUUGAUCAGUAAGUUU